UCAUUGCCUGUUGUGUCAAAAUCAGUUGCUCGCUUAAGCCGUCCAUCCAGAAGUGAAUCUUCACCUGUGGCAAUGAGUUCGAGUUGGGCUUUCGAGCAAGGUACAUCCGUAUUGCCCUCCGUGUCUUCAUGGCUGUUGUUAUCAUCAGCUGUUUCUCUAAGCAGCUUGCAUCAAAGCCAUUUGUCAUUUGUUGUAGUGAGCAAUACUCUGGCAAUAGAUAAAAGCACGCCUGAAACACCCUCACCGUCCUCUAUGCUGCUUGCAUCUUCAACAGUGGUGUCGAAACAGUCAGGUACGUUAUUUUCAGAUGAUCUCUUCGAGAUACAACGAACAUUACAGUCGAACCUUCACGUGCGACCAUCUCUAUUGCAAACGACAUCCUCCUCUAACCGACCAUGUAUAUCUAAACUACCAAAAUUUUCUCAGUCAGAGCCCUAUAAAAACGACCAUCCCUUAUAAGCGACCGCGACCACCUUUUGGCUGCAUGGUUUAAUAGUUUUCCGCCCAUAGAGGAUAAAGGGGACAGAGAAGGCAUCCCCCAUACACACCCUAUUUCAUAGGUAAUUCGUCUCGAGUUAUUUUUAGAAUCGGGAUAAAGUUACCUCGCGCGCUGCGUGGAUGUUUCGUGGAGGUUUCGCAUGACUAAACGCCGUGCAAAACAUGUCGGGCGAAAGGCAAUGAAAGCGUAAAGAGAUCGAGAGCAUUCCUGAAUAUUGACGCGAAAUGAGUCGGCGCUCACCUGGGAAAAAGGAAUCGCUUGACUCUUUGACAACUCUGAAAUCAGUUUAACUCGAACUUGUCGUGCUUUAAUAAAAUGAGAAAUUUUGCCAGCCAAUUGAAACCGGUUAUUUGUACAAUAAAGCAAGUAGGACGCCAAUUGUUAUUUUCGUUGAAUAAUAAAAGACUAAUAAAAGAAUAAACAUCAAACCAGAAAUUGCUCUCUUCAAACUGUAAAUUGUAAAUGAUCCUGAGAGAAAAUAUUCAGUGUGUUAAGGAUUUCCCUGCUGUACUGUUAGCACUGUACAAGAGAGGAAGGGUGAUUCUUUCUUAAUUUCCGUUUCGCUGACACAGCUUUAGCAGAAAUCUCUCAGUAGUCGUUUUCGUCGACAAAACGAAUAGCAAUAUCGCUCUCCGCGUCUUCCGCCAUUUUGUUCUACGUCAAUUCGUGAAGAACGCGUGCCUCUGAGCGUGGGUCAUCCACGCGGAACACAUUCGCGCUAUGUGAUUGGCUGUUGUCUAAUCCCCCUUAAGAUCUGUGGUGUUAAAAAUAACUCGAGACGAAUUACCUAUGGAAUAGGGUGUGUAUGGGGGAUGCCUUCUCUGUCCCCUUUAUCCUCUCUUGUUUUCCGCUGUUUUUGACCCCUUGUAAUCGACCACUUGAAGCUCGACCACUCUAUGUUCGCUGUAUUUGCCACGCCACUCAGAGUAUAUGAAGAAAUGCCAUUAACAACAUGGAACAACACGCAUACGUAACUUAACGAUUGCAUGCAAUACUCGCUUUUAAGGACUGAUGGGGUAAAAAAGUGAUGUCAUUUGCAUGGUUUCUCAGGGGGCAAACAAGUGAUAAAUUUUUCCAAUACAAGAAAUCACAGAGAAGUUUGUUUAUUCUUGACAACAGAAAAUGAAUAAAUUUUUAUAUUAAAGGCGAUAAUGGCAAAUUAUGGGUGGAAGUGAUCAUUGUUAUUUUUUUUAGUGCAUUAGCGACCGAAGAUGUCCUCGUAGCAACAAUAAUGACAUUAAUUUUUUCAAAACUCAAACCGUACAUUUUGCAUGACUAUUAAAUCGUUGUUUCGUUUUCAGAUAAUAAACAAAGUGGACCUCGAUUUCUCGCAACGGCAAAUUUUAUCGUUUGUUUGCCCCCCUGAAGUACCACGUGAAAUUUGCUUUUAUCCCGUCAAUCCUAAAGCGCGUGCGAAGAUGGUGGGUAUCGUGAAUAAGGUCUACAGCUGUAUUAACUCUUUGCUCUGCCAAAAACGAAGAUGUAUAAACCUAUUCUCGGAAGACGCCCCCUGUGGUUUAAUGCUCGUUUAUUGGAGAUUAAGUUUAACAGCAUCUUUAUAGAGUACAAUCCGUGCCCAAUUUCUUUCUACAAAAAGAUAAUCUGCAUCUAGAAUAAUCUGGCCCAGUAUUACAACAAAUAAAGCUACCUCUCGUUGAACUGAUGUGGCUGAUUUUUUUCUCGUAUUUCCUCAGGCAGCCGAACCAAGUUUUACGUCAUCUGACUCUGAAAAAAUAGAAUGCUUAACAGCAAUGAGGGAUCUCAAUAUAUUUUGUAGAAAAAUUGAGAGAAUUGUAAACUUUUGAAAGAGAAAAUUUCUGGGGACUAGGUUUAGAUGCAAACUUCAUUCACAUGGCACCGGACAAAUGGAGGACAAAUUUUAGACCAGUUGAAUAUCCGUGCGUUUAGGAGAUCUGUUAACAGAACCGGUCAAAAAUUUGAACGCCACAACCUAGGUCAAAUUUUUAGCUGGUACGGACGAAAAUUUGAACAGCGCGAUCUGAACACCAUAACCAUGGCAGUUAGGGUGCAGAUUCCAAUCAUUAGAAGGAUCUCGGAUUCCUCGAGUAGAAUCACAGAUUCAAAAUCCCGCGAUUUCGCAUUCCACAAGCAAAUUGUUUCUUUGAUUCCGGUAUCCCGAACACAUAUCUUACAUGGAGGGAAACCACAGCUAUAAACAAACAAACAAAAACAAUUACUUUAUAUGGAGCUCCUGUAGAUCGAUCUCACACUAUCAGGUCUAUAAGGCAAUUCGGUACUUAUCAGACGAAAUUUUACAUGCCAUUGAAGACAUGGAUUUUUCUUGGUGGUGCACUGUACAGUAUGGUUAGAAUGAUAUGAUUAGAACGCCAAUAAAAAGAUUUCUUAAAACUGAUUUGGAAUUCGCAUGCAUGCUACGAGUUUAUGUCUUAUUCAUUUUGGAACCAAUCGAUAUAUAUGUUCAUACACCAUCGUAGCUCCCUCGAAAACUAUACUUGAUUUCAGAUCAAAAUGGCCUAAAACCGUUUUCAAAACCAAAAUGGCGCAAAAACCAUACCAAUUUCUUUUAAGAGCUUGUUUACAUGGAGUGGGGGGCCCCGGUCUAGUGGGGUUGGCAUCUUUUGUUUUCACGCUCUGGAGGACACAAAACAAAAGAAACCUACCCCACUAGACCGGGGUCCCCCACUCCAUGUAAACAGGGUCUUAAGGAUAAUAAUUCUUUCUAGAAUAAUUUGAAUAAUCACUCGCGGUUUCCUCAUUUUCCCUCAGUUCCUCAAUCGGUCUUGCUCACUUUGCUUUACAUAUUGAAGAUCCUCUAAGGGUCAUGGUCAUAUACUUUUAGAUUUUCCGUACUUCCUAGUUCUUGACUUUGAAAAAGCAAAUUUUGUAUGAAAACAGGUGUCUAAACCACGAUGUAAACUUUUAGUUAAAAAUAAACAACACAAACAGCUGAUCGAUCACACAAAGCCGGAUGAUGUACACUUCCUAGUUUCCAACAGUUCCUUCUUAUUACCAUUUUGAUUUAUACGGCGCCAUUUUAACCAAAAAUUUAACCAUUUUUCUCUCUCUUCUUCACUAAAGCCAGCACCAGGAAUGUCCCCUGGAAUAAGAUCGACUUGAUCGCCCCCCGUGUUAGUUAUUUCAAAUUUGCCGCAAGGGCCAAAGGCUCACUUCCAGGCAACUUCCGGUUUUUUUUUUCUAACUUGCGAUCAGCAUGUUAGUUUUUUUCUUGAAUCCGAAAAUUAUAGAAUUUCUUCGUUUCUUGGGGCUCCAUUUUCGCUGAAAAAAAGCUCUCCUGCAAGAGCCAAGCACGCACGAGAACAGUGAUGUUUGCGGGUAAGCUUCCUCGUAUAAGAAGAUCGCGAGACCAACGCGAUAAGUACUAGCCUCUUGUUGGUCAUAAACGCUUUUCCGGGCCAAACCAUAAGGGCCACUAGUUGAUCAGAAUUACUGUCAUCUGUCUAAUCUAUAAUGUCUUUUAUCUUUUUAUUCUAAUGUACACAUCGCUUUUCUUAUCUUGUAGUAUUUUUAAAUUUUAAUUAGUCGUGUUUAUUUUAUUAGUUCUAAAUAUUUUCAUUACGAUUGAGGGCGACUAGUUCAACAGUUUUUACUAUCAUGUGUUACCCUCAUUAAAAAAAGUUGUUUCCUACUUAAUUACAUUCAAAUAGGUCCUUAAACUGCUUUGUCAAGAGUAGCAUCCCAAGGGCUCUCUCGGCCGUCCCUGAAAACUUUUGCCGCGGUUCCUUUUUUUGUUUUGACUCAACUGACCGCCCCUGGGUCUCCAAAGAUUUUUUUACCAAAGAAACAAUAAUUAUUUUUCAAGUAAAAAACGAACACAUUUCUCACAAUUAGUGUUGUGUUGUUGUGAAUUUUUCUAAUGUAGCUGUUGUUCACAUGGGCUUUCAUAACAAUGAAACAGUACACCACCUGAACCAUAGAACAUUUUUUUUUUUAAGCCAGCUAGAGUAAGCGCAGGCACCUAAUACCCACUAAAAUGCUCGUUUGAGUCACGGAACGGACUCUUAAAGGGACAGGUUCACGGUUCAGCGAAUGCUCAUUUAUCAAAAUGCUGCUUUUCUGCCGGGACAUGCUGUAUCGUCUAUAUGCAAGCAAUAUGAUCGUGUAGUAAUGUUGUCAAAGAACCAAUCUGCACACUCCCCUGGCAGUCACUUGCAGUUGAUCGACUUAAAUAUUUGUAAAUAACUGUAAAUUAAUCAACCAUGGAAUUAAACCUUCGGGUCAACAGUAAAUUCAACGUUUUCUGCGAUUUUAGUACUCCUCCAUCCUACUUCAGGUUAUUCUGAAAUACACUUCUACUUUGAAAUACACUCUGAUAUCGCUGAGAUACAUGUGAGUGGGAUUAUUAACGGAUACAAUAAAUAAUAAAUUGGAAAAAAGGAAUUUAAUUAAUGAGCAUACGCUUAACCGUGAACCUGUCCAUUUAAAAACAACGUAAGAAGGCAGUCAAUUGUCUGUGACUUGUUCACAAUAUAAUCUCGAUAAUUUAAAUAACGUUAUUCCAGACACAAACCAAAAAAACGUUCUGCGCAUCCCAAAAUUAUUAAGUCCUUUCGUUCCACAUUUGGUUUUGAUCUAAUUCCUUCUUCCUACUUACUCUCAGUCCAUUUAUAUUGCUUGCAGCCUGUCCCAAUAUAGCAACUCUUAAUGAAACAUCAGGAGUUCUUACCAGUCCUUACUAUCCAAGAGGUUACCCUUCUAACGAGAAAUGCAGGUGGAAAAUUAUAGCAAGUAAAGGAGAACGCAUUGUGUUGGUCAUUAAAGACAUUCAUAUUCGUAAAUGUGGUUCAUCUUGCACGUGUGACUACCUGGAAAUACAAAAUGGCUCAUCCUCUGAUGGCAUUUCAGGCAGGCGAAGAUGUAGAUACUAUAAAGACCGUGGGAUAGUAUACCAUUCGGUAAGAGAUGUCCUGAGGUUGACGUUUGUUUCUGACAGUGGUACAUACCGGCGGUACCGUGGAUUUAAGGCAACUUACAUUAAAGUGAAAUAUAAUGCAACAAACACCGGUAAGUCAUUUGUCCCUUCUUCCACUUUAUCAGAAAUCUCUCGUUCUAUUGUACAACCUUACUUGUCCUAUGGUAUAGCCGUCUGGGGCCAAGCUGCUUCUACAAAUUUUGGAAAUAAAAAUUGAUUCUUCAAAAACGUGCCCUUCGAUUGAUUCAUUUCAAACCCUUUAGGUUCCCCGCUGUACCUCUGUUAAAAUUGUCUAAUGUUCUUCCUCUUAAUUUUCGUUAUUUUAAAGCAAGCUGCCUUACUAUGCACGAUGUAUUGAAAAUUGUAUCACCUCCAAACGUUUCCAACUCAUUUACCUAUUCUUCAAAAGUACAUCAUCAUAAUACACGAUUUUCUGCGGCUGGCAAUUUCUAUAUUCAGCACUCGAGAACUGGCCAUAUGAAGAGCUCCUUUUCAAGUAUUGGUGCAAAAAUAUAGAAUGCAUAGUAUUCCCGACAGUGAUCGUGCUCUACCUAAAUAUAAAUUUAAGAAUACCCUACAGAGUCGGCACUGGAUAUUUUGAUACAGGAGGAUGCUUAUGUUGGCGUGCUUACUUUAAUUGACAUAUUUAGUAAAUAUUAAUUUUUUAGUUUUCUUUCACUCAUACCUUGUUUCAUUUACCUAUUUUAAAGUACCGUAAAAUUCCGAAAAUAGGCCCCUCCAAAUAUAAGCCCCGCAAACUCGUUCCAAAUAUAAGCCCCCCCCUCCUUCGAAAUUGCCCUCAAAUACAAAAGUAAAACAAAGCAAAAAACGGUAAAUCUCCUUCUAACUAUAUGGCUAGCAAAUUUCCCUCCAUAGAUAAGCCCCUCCGAAUAUAAGCCCCUCAUAAAGGGCCUUUGAAAAAUAUAAGCCCAGGGACUUCUUUUCGGAAUUUUACGGUAUAUGUAUUCACUGUCUAGUUGAUUCAAUAUGUUGCUGUUCGUGUAUUUGUUUAACUUAAUUGUUAUGACUUUACGGAAUAAAACAUGACACAAACCAAAAUGCCGAUGAAAUGCUAACAAUUUUCAUUCGCAUGAUGUUAAAAGUGUUUUGUUUCGAAUCUUGUAUUUUUUAUGUGUAUCUAUAGCAACGCUUUCGAUAAAAUUGUUUUUUUUUUGGUUCACAGAAAAAAUUACUCUUUGAUUUUGAACUAUAUAGCUAAAUCAUGCUUAUUUCCUCUUGUUGCAGUUUGUACCUCCGGCGAAUAUCUUAAUGGAUUUAGUGGAUUCUUUACAACUCCAAAUUUGCCAAGUAACUACACUCAAUACAGCAAAUGUACCUGGAACAUCACAGUUCCCAGCGGGUACAUCAUUAAACUUAGCUUCGUCUGUUUUCGCUUGGAGCCAAAUCAGUACAGUCCCUGCUAUUAUGAUGCUCCAGGAGCCCGUGUUACAGUCACAAAUGUUGCUUCAGAUGAUGGGUAUCAGCCGUUCAUGCUGUGCGGUCAGUCUCUUCCUCCUCCAGUGUACUCAGUAGGGAAUUCCGUUCAAGUCAUAUUCACGUCUCUGAGCAGUCAAUACCCAGGGUUUAAUGCAAGUUACACGGCUAUAACGUAUAGUUCAGGUACGUGGUAUACAUUAUUUAUAACACACCAACGAUUGAGUUAA